UUCCAAAUUAAUUGUCGAUUAUCAAUUGCUAUUGUGCCAAUAAAUAAACUUAAAGUAGAUCAACGAGUUAUUAUGUGCAAGAUUGCAUGCAAUGAUCCAAGAUGUGCCCUUUAUGCUGGACCAGUUAUCCAUGAAAACGUUUGCAAUCCUUCAAUAGUUCAAGUUGAAGUGGAUUUCGCUGAAUGUUGUAACGCAGAAGUUGAAAGAAAAGUUAAAAAUGUCAAACUAGGUCCGAUUCACAUUCGAUCUUACAACUUUUGUCCCCCAAUAAUGACAUCAGCUAAUGUAGGAAUUAUUGAUCCACCUCAGCCACCUUCUUGCUUUUAA